UCACUCCACCACUCACGCUCCGACAGGCAACCAUCCACCUGGCCACCAGGACAGACUGCACCUCGCCGACGACGCGCCCAGACACCACCGGCAGCAGCGUCCCACCCUCGCCCGCAGGCAGCAACAGUGGCGCACCGUCACGGCAGCAGCGCCAGCAACAGCGACGGCGAAAGGGGGCAGCAAGGAAAACAAAAACAGCCGCCAAAAGGAGACUCGCGGGAGAACGUCAACAAGACCAUUAUCAUCUCAAAGAUGUGGCCGCUGACGCCGCUGACGCUGCUGGCCGUGCUGGCCGUGGCCGUGUUGGCGGACGCCACCGACGCGACCGCCCUGGGGGCCCUGGGGCUGGACACGCUCGAGGAGGACAAGCGGGCGCCGAUGGGCUUCAACGGCAUGCGCGGCAAGAAGGACGACCUGCUGGACGACGGCUUCGACAAGCGCGGCGGCAACUCGCUGGGCUUCAGCGGCAUGCGCGGCAAGAAGAGUGACGAGGACGCCGACGACGCCCUGGCCAUGGACAAGCGCGCCAGGAACCAGCUGGGCUUCAGCGGCAUGCGGGGGAAGAAGGACGACUACGACGAGGCCGUGUUCACGGACAAGCGCGCCAGGAACCAGCUCGGCUUCAGCGGCAUGCGCGGCAAGAAGGACGACUACGACGUGGACGCGGACGGCGCCGCGCUGUUCGACAAGCGCACCAGGAACACGCUGGGCUUCAGCGGCAUGCGCGGCAAGAAGGCGUCCUCGGACGAGUUCGUCCUGGACGACCUGGACAAGCGCGCCAAGAACCAGCUCGGCUUCAGCGGCAUGCGCGGCAAGAAGGGCGGCAUGGACGACGUGGAGGCCUACCUGGCCAAGAGGGCGCGGCAGGCGGCGUUCGUCGGCAUGCGGGGGCGUCGCGAGAACGCCCAGGCCUUCUUCGGCAUGAGGGGCAAGCGCAACCCCGGGGACGGCUACGGCGCGUACGACAGCCUCGACGAGGACGGCGUCAUCAGCUUCCUGCGUUCCCCGGAGGCGACGCGCGACGGCGUCGUCACCUACCGGAGCAAGCGCUACCUGCCCUCAACCUGGCAGCUGCGGAACUCCAAGAAGGCGCCCUUCUCCGGCUUCAUCGGGCUGCGGGGCAAGAAGAGCGUCUUCGUCCCGGCGCCGAGUUUCCUCCAGACGGACGAGCAGCGGGACCUGGCGCAGUGAGGGCCACCCCGCCCCGCCGCCCGCCGCUCGCAGAGGAGCAAAACGAAGAAAUCAUCUGACAUUUUAUUUUGGUUUUCACUUCCGUCUUUGGUUCUUGUUUUCGUUUCGGUCGUGGUUAUUAUGCGCGCUGUAUCGAACCGCCCGCUCUCGCUGUUAGGAGUAGAUGUACAGUACUUUUGAUUUGCCUAUUCUUGGGCGGUGUUUACCUUCCCGAUUGGGUCUACGAGCGCAAACAAAACCCCGUCUCGUUUCACAUUGCGCUGAGCAGCUAAAAGGAUGAGCAAGUAACAGUGACAGUGAAUUUCUUCCACGUCUCGCUGUUAAGUUGUUGUUACCUCGAUGCGAUUUUUGCUGUCGUUGAUUUUUUUAGGUUACUCAAAUAAGGCACAUACUAUUUAAUUUAUAUGAAUUACAAGGAAGACAGCAGAUAGAGUAAAAUACAGGUCUUUAAGUAGCUCGACGUUAUGAGAAAGUUGUUGCACUUGACGGAGGAGAUAUGCGGACUAGUGUAGACGAUCCUCCAUUAAUAAACACAUUUCCGGCAACUAGUAAAUGUUAUUAUUGUGAAUAAAAAUAAAACUAACGUUUUCCACGUCGAAUUUAUUAAUUUCCAUGCACCACAUUGUGUUGCAGGCAUAUGUAUUUAUGUAAUUUAUGAAAUCUCAGAAUAAUAAACCUAUCUUUUAUUUA